AUGGCUGCGUCCCGUUUAGUUUCACUUUGCCAAGGGGUUUCAACCGUCCUGAAGGCUUACGGAGGAUUAGUAACUUCUCAGGUCCCUACUAGUUCAGGGUUUACAGUUGGUUUGUUGCCUAAGAAUACAUCAAAUGUCACAUCUUUUCACCAGUGUAGAUCACUUCAUACCACGUUGUCAAGAAAAGGACUAGAAGAAUUUUUUGAUGACCCAAAGAAUUGGGGGGAAGAAAAAGUAAAAUCUGGAGCUCCAUGGACAUGUCAGCAGUUAAGGAACAAAAGUAAUGAAGAUUUACAUAAACUCUGGUAUGUCCUACUGAAAGAAAGAAAUAUGCUUCUAACUCUAGAACAGGAGGCCAAGCGGCAGAGAUUACCAAUGCCAAGUCCCGAGAGGUUGGAAAAGGUGGUAGAUUCUAUGGAUGCAUUAGAUAAAGUUGUCCAGGAAAGAGAAGAUGCCCUAAGGCUUCUUCAGACUGGUCAAGAAAAUGCUAGGCCUGGUGCUUGGAGAAGAGACAUCUUUGGACGAAUCAUCUGGCACAAGUUCAAGCAGUGGCCCAUACCUUGGUACCUAAAUAAACGGUACAAUAGAAAACGAUUCUUCGCAAUGCCCUAUGUGGACCGUUUUGUCAGACUAAGACUUGAGAAACAUAUCCGCAGUGAAUCAAAGAAGAAAAGCUUAAAGAAAAAGCAAGAAAAAUUUCUUCAAGAAAAGUUUCCACGUCUUUCUGAAGCCCAGAAGUCAAGUCUUGCCUAAGAUGUCUGAACUCUUAAAUUUUCCAUUUUUUUUUCUUGAAAAA